CGACCUCGUUCCCCAGGAGUAGUUUGAACCUCUCGAGGAUAUGACUGCCAAGAUUUGUCAUGACAACCCAGAACCUCUAAUAGAAUCCAACUACAGAUGACAGAACACCUUCAGGAGGAAACAAAGGCUUAAAACACGGGUGGAUCGGCGUGGCGACUCCCUCAGGGCAACCGGCCUAGCCAUGAGAAGUGACGUCAUGUGGUGUUUCCGAUUUUAGUGACACAGGCGCUGGAUGACUUAAACGUAUUAUGAGACCAAGAACGAAUUGGGCGUGUGUGUGGGCGGUGGUCGUGACAUGGGCGUUCGCAUCUCAGUUAAAUGGAGAGGCCGCCGAGGAUGUGCUCUUCCGCUCCCCGGAAGCCACGGACGAGUUGCCGGUCACACUGCGGAUGGAGGACCCGAAGACUGGCCUCACGAAGUCGAUGGUUUUGCAUGUGAAGCGCGCCAUGCUUGAGCGCUAUCACGUGACGAAGGAGGAGAUCGAGAAGGGCACGGUGGUCUUUGACGAAGAAGGGGCGGCGAAGAAGCUCAUGGUGAAGGGCAUCGCCUUCGAGAUCCCGGCCGCCGAGGAGCGCAUGGACGCGGUCGUCUUCCACUCCAGGCCGGACGAGGAGCCGUUCCUCCUCGACCUCAGAGAAGUGGGCGGCCUCACCAUCGCCUCGUUUGAAGACGACCCUACGUUGGUCCCGGAGCCUCCCGAAGCCAUCGACUGGUCCGUGCCUGGCCGACGCCCUCUCACCUCCCUGGCCCUUAGCAUCUCCGCCCGCGCCGUGGUGGUCGCCGCCAACCGAGCGACGGAGGUCUCGAACAGGACGGCCGCAACUGGAGUGACGGAGCAGCUGUGGCUGGCCGGAGCGGGCCUGCACCUGCUGGUUCUGAAUCCUUGCACGGCCGAGGUCACCCUGGAUAAGGUGUUCCCUACAGGCGAACCCGGCGCUUAUCGGGACCUCACCUGGACGCUGGCCAACAUCCAGGGCAACAGGAUCGUCGUUGUUGCUUCUGUCCACGACGGAUCGCUCCAGCUGUUGUCCUCGGCGCGGGAACGCCUUGAAACCCUCGGCUCUGAGUGGGUCAGGUACUACUCCUUCAGAGACUCCUGGGCUUGGGUCUUCAUCAUGGGGGGCGCGACUCUCGGGAGUGGCUUCGCGCCCAACACCGGCACCAUCGACACGUCAGCGUCUCCCUUGCUAAUGGAAGUGGGCGUCCCUCGGGGUCCUUCGCGUGACAGGACGGAGGGAGAAAGCGCGGGAAAGAAAGCCGGCCAUGAAGAAAUUAAAGACGACAAAACAGAUAACGGCUCGCACGCGGAAGGCAAGACAGACGAAGACUUAGCCGACGGGCAGAAGGAAGAUAAGAUGCCUUCCGAUGUUCCAGUAACGGUGUCCGAAUACCUGACGCAACGGCAGGCAAGGAUCACCAAGAAGAAACCAGAAGCAGAAGAUAGCGACGUGAGAGAGACAGCGAUCGGCGAGGCAGCGGCAGAGGAGAGCUGUACAGAGAUUUGCCCCUCGUGGCCGCCGACGCAGGAGUGGCAGCACCGUCGGGCCUUCUGCGCCACCCACGACGGCUUCGGCGAUCUGUGCCGCUGCGAGGGGCCCUUCGUCGUCAACCAGGAGGAUGCGAUGCCCAGGCCGACCACGUGGCGCGAAGAUAUACCAAUCCUCGUUAUCACCGGCGGAAGAAUACACUAUCUGUUCAGGUUGCUGCAGUCCCUGGGGAAGCAGCCAGGCGUCCGACGAGACCUCAUAUUGUUGGUCACAGAUGGAUACAAUACAGAGGUGGCCAAGAUAGCACACAUUCUGCGCCUCACACUCCUAGUUCACAGACCCGAAGGCGUAAUUCCUACCAGAAUUUCCAGGAAUGUCCGUUUCGGUCUCUUUAACAUCAUCAAGAAGUUCCCAAAAGCAGACAAGUUCAUUGUGUUGGAAGACGAUCUAAUUCUCUCUCCGGAUUUUUACUCAUACAUGCAGCAGACCAGCUGGAUUCUCGAAAACGACCCUUCGGUGUACUGUGUCUCCGCCUUCAACCACCUCUCCUACACCCACACGGCCUUACAACGCGACCCAGAUCUAUCGCGCCCACUCCUACCCUGCGUAUGGCUGGAUGAUGGACAAAAAGGCCCUGGAAUUCAUCCUCCCGAAGUGGCUGCCGAGUAACGUCACGCACGAUUGGGACCACUUCAUGGACACGGGCAUCCUGAGGCGCGGUCGUGAGUGCAUCAUCCCUGACAUCAACCGCUCCUACCACGGGGGGUCCGUCGGCGCCCACCUCACCGCGUCCUGGGCCACGGAGAAGGAC